CUGAGAUUCUGCAAGGAGCCGUGACAGGAGACCGGUCAGAGAAAAGGAUUUUGGGCCACGCAAAAACUAGGAGGAGGCGCCUCUCGCGUUGAAGCAGCGCCGCUUUUAGAUGGAUUCUUCAUGUUUGCUUCAGCCUCAGAGGAGACAGCCUGCUCUGAAGAGUUGUACGCUGUGACAAUCAGGCGAAAAGCAUGACACAUCAUAGUGUAUGGAUAGCCAAAAACAUGACCUGCACCCAGCGUGGGACAAGCGUCUUUCCUGUCCUCUCCGGUGCGCACUUGGAGCAGAGCGUACACAGGACAGCUGGUGGGACCAGGUGGAGGGUUCGGAGGAAGGAUAGACAAGAGAUUACUUCUGUAAUGUCAGCCAAGGCCAAGGUGCUGCUUUGGGUGCUCCUGUCUCUGUUGCCUCUGGCAGAAGGAGCUCAUGUGAAAGCUGGUGCUGGUGUAGCUGGUGUCGGAGCAGACUCGGGCCCUGCUGUGGCCCUGCUGGGAGGCCAGGAGGAGCGAGAGCUUCCUGUGACGCUGCCAGAGGUGGUGGAGGAUGAGGAGCAGGAAGACGACAGUGACCCUUACUCUACUUGGCGUGCUCUAUAUGACCCUUUUGUAAUGGAUGAGGUAGAUGACCAUCCCAGUAGUCGCUGGGUGGGGCGCUCUCCAAGAUCCUCCGACCCCUCUGAACCUCCACCCAAGGGAUCACCAAAGAAAAAGAAGAAGAGGAAGAAGAAAGAAAAGGAGGAAGAGGUAGAGACAGGAAAAGGAGAUAGAAGGGGUAAAGGUAAAAACAGGCAGCCAAAGCAGAGCAGCAGGGACUGCCGUGUGGAGAAGAGAGAGAUGAAGGUUCGGGACCUGGGACUGGGGUUUGACUCAGAUGAGAUUGUCCUCUUCAAGUUCUGCGUGGGCUCCUGUCAGUCUUCGCGAACAAACUACGACUUGGCACUGAGAGCCCUGCUGGAGAAUGGCUCGCUCCCCCGGCGUACUACCCGCAAGGUCAGCAACCACCCCUGCUGUCGGCCUGACCGAUAUGAGCCAGUUUCCUUCAUGGAUGCGCAGACCACAUGGAGGACCAUCCAGUCAUUAUCCGCUGCCAGCUGCAUGUGUAUGGGCUGAAGAAAUUAACGAGGGAGAGGGUGACAAAAAGGGGGAGAGUAGCUGCUUCCCCCUCUUGAACAGAAAGGAGUCAAGAGGCUCAGUGUGGAUGGUACAGUACGUACAAGAAAGCCGGGGUGCAUGGAAGAGCCAGAUGGGGGUGCUGUAACACACAGAGCAGAGGACGUGAUGGAGGCCGCUUGUUAGCUUCCUGUUAAGGAGGAAGAGGUCUGGGUGCAGCUGAACAACUGAGGGCAAAGGUCAAGAUCAGAGCCUGAGGGGGAGGUCAUCAGGGAAUCACAGUCUGGAUUUAUUGUUUGCUUCUUCAAAGAGUGAAUUGUUUUCAACUGGUACCCAAUGCAGUACACCCCAGACCGGUUAUUACUCAUGAAAUAGACUCUUAAUGUGUAACAGGACUGUUUUGAUUUGGGUGAGACCUAAAGACUGAAGCUCAAGAGAUACAAAGAAAAGACACAGUUAAAGGACUGACACUGUGUUUAUAUGCUGACUCAGACUAAAGAAAGAAAAAGACUGACACAAUGUUCACUAUUACUCACAGUGAAGACAGCUCCUCCCAGAAGUUCAAUAUGAUUUUUUUUCCCACACAAAAACAGGGACAUUAUAUUUUCUAUGUUCAGGUGAACUCAUCCAAAUGGAUGCCAUGCAUCUUCAUGUAUUACUGUAUAAAAGUAAAAAUAUAUUUAUUUCUGAUAAAUUAUUUAUUUAUUAUAGCUUCAUAUGAGAGCUGUUUUUACGAACUCUAUAUUGUAGAUGAAGAUCUAUUUAUUUCAAGAUUCAGAUUUCAUGUUGACAGUUAUUCUGCUCUCGUACAUCAUUUAUAAAGGUGCUGAUUUUUUUUCUGAGCUGUCAAAUGCCUCAUAAACCUGGACUCAACAGCUGAUUCUGAGUGGAACGAGACUGGAUGCAAUUUAUGUUUCUGAAAUGUGGAAACAAAAACACCAAAGCUUAAAUACUUCCUCACAUUUCACACCAGAUAAACAUUUAGACAGAAAUCACAAUAACAGAUUUUAGAAAUAAAUUGACCUACAGUGAAAUGAUGUGGUGUACU